AGAGGAAAAGAAUUAGAUUCCAAAGAGUAUGUGCAAUGCUAGUUGACAGCAUUUGGUGGCGUAGAAGGCCUCUUGGGGAAGUCAAAAAGCUAUAUCAUUGCGCUUCUUCCUCUAACCAAAGAAAAAGCAAUGCCAAUGACACAAAACAAUACAAUACUAUGCAAACCAUCUUUCAAACCUUUGUUUACACAACACACAACAAGGAUCAAACUAAGAUUUUUGGUGUCUUCUACCAUUGGGUUUUGAUAGAAAUAAAAGCCUAACUCUAACCAAAUCACUGAGACUUGUCUUUGUUCUUCAGUAUGGAAAACACAACAUCAAAGUCUGAGGUCCUAAUAAAGCCAAUUAUCCUCAAAGCCGGUGUUCCUUUGGCUGUGUCUUUUGCUGGUUUCAUCUAUGCUUGGUUCGUGGCAAAGAAAAGCCUCUCUAAGACCUCUUCUUUGUCACCAAAUGAAGCAAGUUCCUAUGAAGAAAGUUGUCAUAGUCAUGGCCUCUCUUGUAUGGAAGAUGAAGGACAUAGUACAACAUUGGAUGAAAGUGAUGUUGCUGAAAGUUCGAUGAUCAAUGACACCCCAUGUUUAGAAGAAGAGAUUAAUGGCCUAAGAAGCAGGAUUGAAGGUAUGCAUAUGAAGGAGUUGGCUUUACGUUUGCAGUUUGAUCGUUAUUGUGACUUGAAAGAGCAAGAAACUGUGGUUGGGGAGAUCAAAAACAUGUUGUCACUUGAGACUGCUCGUGUUGGCUUCUUGGAUAGGGAGAUUUCGUCGAUGGAGACGCAGAAUAAGAGGUUGGAGAGUUUUGUUGCUCAAUAUCUCAGAGUUGUGGAACAGAUUGAGCGUUGGAAAUCUGAGAAUAGAACGCUUAGGAGGAAGUUUCAGAAGCUAAUGGAGAAAUCAAAGGCACAAACUCGCCUCGCGAAGGAGCAGGCUUUGAAGAUCAAACUGGAAGAAGAAGAAAUCUUGAGAAGCCGUGAUGCCUUGGAAACAAAAAUUGAUGUCGUUGGUAAACUUGAGGAUAGAAUGGAAGAGCUGCAGAGAGCUUUGGAUCAAUUGCAGGAUGAGAAGAAUGAACUUCUGAAGAAGCUCGACACAGCAGAAAAAUCCUAUGCUUCCAAGAUUGAAGAUGGAGAUGUAAGUAGGGAAGAGUGCAAACAGCUUCUAGAUGAAUUGGAGCAAGUCAAGAAAGAACGAGCAGAUGAAGCUAAAGAACUCAUUUACUUGCGGUGGACAAAUGCUUGUUUAAGGCAUGGUCUAGUGAGGCACCAUGAACAACAACAGAAUCAGGAUAAAAACCAUUUAGAAUUGGAAUUUGGAAGAAAUGAUGUAGUUAUCAAUUAUGAUUCGGAGCAUGAACUGCACAAUUCCCUUUUGGAGCAUCACAGUGAUCCUUCCUUUGAUGAGCAUGCUAGUGGUCAUGAUCACAGUGACAUUGCUUGUUCAAAAAGGACAAAGUUGCUUGAAAGGCUAAAGAGAUGGGUUGAUGGCAGUGAAAAACCUAGAGUUGGGCAUUCUAUUUCCAAAGGGGCAGAGGAACAUCUAGUUCCUAGAAGGAAGUCAUGCUCUAGUGCUUGAUUCAAAUUACUUAGUAUUCUGUGUUAUUGCUAGUUCUGAACAAGAAACUUCUGAGCUUGGCAUAGAAGCAGUGACAGUGUGACAUCAAAUUUGUUGCUAUACUAACUAGUUUCUUCCUUCUUCAUGAGAACACAAUCUUCUAUAAAGAUCAAGUUUAAAGGAACUUGUCUCCACUUACAUAGAGAUCAAGUUUAAAGGAACUUGUCUCCACUUACAUUAUUGUAAAUAAUUAUUAAGCAUAGUGUAAGCACCAACUGCAUAUUAUAUUCAGUUGAAGUAUAAUAAACAUUUACUAAUUGGGAGCUAAAAGAAAUCUCUAUAAGUAACUUGUGACAUCCUUUGGUUUGACUUUGGCAAUUUCAAAUUUAAGAGGAGAAUGUUUAUCAU